GAGUCUAAAGGGAAAGCCGCACUACCUGACAGACCAAAGAUUGAUGAGGCUCAGUUAGAAGGGAUGACAGAGGAAGAUGCUGAUAUGAUGAGAACUAUGGGAUUUGCUGGUUUUGAUUCAACUAAGGGAAAACAAGUAGAUAACAAUAAUAUAUAUGUAGCUAAACUACAGCAGAAACGACGUUAUAGACAAUAUAUGAACAGACGGGGUGGCUUCAAUAGACCACUGGACUUUAUUGCCUGA